AUGUCCCUUUACCGUCGACCUAUACGUCGAAUAGUCAUAUCAGCAAAAACUGGUUUACUUAUCAAUAAAACAACACUAAAAAGUUUUAGUCAACAAAAUAUCUAUGCACAAUUAGAAGAAACUCAUCUCGUAAGUCAAUGUAAACGUUCGUUCACUUUUCGAUUAAUGUAUGUCGAUUCGUCAGAAUCUGAUAUUGAAUUAUAUCCAUUUGAUUUAACAUCACUACUUGUUAUUUUACAUCCGGCAAAUUCAAAACUCAUUGAUCGAUCGCGGCAAAUUAAUAGUCAUCAACUAAAUACCGAACAACCUCAAUUCAUCGGUGAAGAACGACAAGAUGAUGCUAUAUUUAAAAUUUAUUUAAAACGAGUUCGACAUAAAUCUUCAACACUUGUUGAUUCAUCUUCAACAAUAAAUACACUUGUUGAUGAUACAAAUGAACAGCAUGAAACAACCGGUGAUAAUCAUAAUAAUGACCGUGGUACAUUACUGUAUUCUACAAUAAAAGUAUAUCAAUUAAAAGCUUGUACCCUUGAGAAAAUUGUUGAACAUUUAACAAAUGAUACUGGUGAAUUAGAUACAACAAAUAUGCAUAUUCUAUUUUCUACAUAUCGAACAUUUACAAAUACUCGAACAUUAAUUGAUACAUUAAUAACACGUUAUCGAGCUGUUCUUCCAGCUUCACUUGAUAUGACUGAAGAUGUUCGACAAAAAACUCUUAAGAGUCUUCAUGUAGCAAUAACAUGUUUUUUAAAUUCAUGUAAAGAAGAUUUUUGUCAUCCACCACGUUAUUCAAUAUUAAAUCAUUUUAUAAAACAUAUACCUGAUAGAGAUUUACAAAAACAAGGUCAAACAUUAUUAGAAGAAUUUAAAACCGAUGAAGAAACUAUUAAAUUAAAUAAUAAUAAUAAUAAUAAUUUAAAAACUAAUUUUUUAUAUAAUGAAAAAGGUUUUGAUUAUAUAAAACCAUGGAAUAUACUUGAAAUGUCAAGUACAAUGAUUGCUGAACAAUUAACUAUUGUUGAUGCUGAUUUAUUAAAACGUGUCUUACCGUAUGAAUGUUUAACAAUACCAACAGGUGGUUGUUCACGUCGAGCAUUAAAUAAUAAUUCAAAUCGUAUAUUAUCAACAAUCGAUAAAACAAUUGAAUAUUUUAAUGCUGUUGUUGCUCGUGUUGUAGCAACAAUACUUAAAGAACAAGAUGAACAAAAUCGUGCACAUGUUAUUGAAAAAUGGAUUGAUGUUGCACAUCAAUGUCGAAAGCUAAAAAAUUUUUCAUCAUUAACAGCUAUUUUAAAUGGUCUUCUAUCUGGUUGUAUAUAUCGUUUAAAUACAGCUUGGUCUCAUGUCAAACAAGAUUAUCAGUCUAUAUUAGAAGAAUUAAAAAAUGUUUUUGGUAGUUGUGCAGAUAGAAAACAAGCAAGAGCUAUUCUUGAUAAGCAAUUAGAUGAAGUUCGUCUCAUGCAACCAGAAUACACUGAAUGUGCAGCAAAAUAUACUCAUGUAACUACAGCAAUUAAUGCAACACUUGGAAGAAAAUAUCGUCAUAAAAUGGCACGUGAUCAACAGAAACUAACAAUGCUUGGUACAGUACCUUAUUUAGGUUUAUAUCUCAGUGAUUUGACAUACAUCGAUUCUGCUUAUCCAAAUACAAUAAUCAUCGAAGAUGAUAAUUCUCCAUCUUGUACAUCAUCGAAAAAAUUAAUUAAUUUUGAAAAACAUCGAAAACAAUUUGAAGUUUUAGCUCAAAUUAAAUUAUUUCAAUCAGCUGCUAAUGCGUAUACAACACUACAUCCAUUACCACGUUUUAAAGCUUGGUUUGAUAAUGUUCGAAUUUAUAAUGAUACUGAAAGUUGGGAAUUAUCCUAUCAAAUUGAACCAAAAGAAAUAAUAGAUAAUUCUCAAUCUCAAGAACAAUUAUUACAAAAUCAUGGAUCUCCAUCACUUAAAUCUACUAGUGAACGAUUUCCAUCGGAAGUAUCAUUAGAACCACGAGUAAUAUCAAAUAAUAAUGAAAAUAAUGGAUCAAUGGUAAUAUCAAGUACUUCAUUAAAAUCAUCAUCAUCAUCAACAUCACUUGAUAAAAUAAGCACGAUAUCAAAUAAUUCUCUACGUCAACAGCAACAAUUAAGAAAGGAUAAAAAUUCUCAUAUAUAUCAUUCACGAUCAUCAUCAGCUUCGAGUUUUCUAACUUCAUCAAAUGGUAGUUCAAGUCAAGGUCAUCUAUCAGCAACGGCAUCACCAAAAAUUAAUACUGGUAAUUCAACAUCAAAUUCUAGUGAAAAUGAAGCAAUCAUUGCAAAAGUACACUUUGCUGGCAACAAUGAUCUUUUAUAUAAAAAAGUUCGAAUAAACAAUAAUGAACGAACAACGAGUGUAUUAAAAACUAUUCUUGAUAAAUUUGGUCUUGAUCCAUCAACCCAUGAUCAAUAUUGUAUUGAACAACAAUUACCUGAUCGAAAAAUUCUUAUACUUGAUCAUUGUAAUGUAUUUUAUGCACUUGCUCGUUCAUCAGAUGAUGAACAAGUUGAAUUAAUUGUAAGAGAAAAAACUCGACAAGAACGUCAACAAAAAUGCAAUAAUCCUUUAAGUGGUGGUGCUGGACACAAUCGAACGCCGAGUGGAUUUAGCACAUCUUCUAUUCAUAGUCCAACAAUAACAAACUCGGAGUACCCAAUCACAUCAAUCCAAUAUUUAAAAACAAUCAUGACGGAUUACAAUGAUGAAAAACUUCGAAAAAAAUCUCUAUCAAAAAAAAAUGAUAGUGAAUCAUUAUUAGAGAAUGAUAGAACACAUCAAUUAUCAAUUCAUACGCGGCAAGGUCAUAAUAAAGUUUUAUCUGAAUCGAUAUUACCAUUAAUAUUAUGUUUGGCAUGUCCAUUUUUUGUUCGAUCAAUUGUUUUUAUAUGUGAUCAUUGCAAUGGAUCAAUAAUUGAAUUUCUUCAACGUCUUUUAUUUGAUCAAACAAUGACAUUAAAAGAUGUUUUAGAAGAUUUCUUUUAUUUUCAAUGGCAUUGGCCAUCAGCUAUAAUUAUUUUAAGUGUUUUUACUUAUGCUAUUAUUAUGACUAUGUUAUUACCUGGUGAUGAAUAUAGUGGACCAAUAACAGAUACAGGACAUGUACCAAUCUAUCGAAAUAAUGGUUUCAGUUAUUAUAUUGUUUCGUUAGUUAUAUUUGCUUUACUAACAGUUAUAUUAAAAUUAAAUAAUCUUUCUCCAACAUAUAUAUAUGAUCAUUGGAAAGAAUUUUUAUCAACUGUUAAUACAUUUGCAUUUUUAUUAUGUUUUCUUGUUAUGAUUAAAGGUAAAUAUAUGCCAUCAACAGAUGAUCAUCGAUCAUCAUCAAAUUGGUUAACAGAUUUUUAUCGUGGAGUAGAACUUUAUCCAAGAAUAUUUAAUAUUGACAUUAAACUUAUUACAAAUUGUCGAUAUGGAAUGUUAACAUGGGCACUUUUAUCUGUUAUUUUUUGUAUGAAAACUUUUGAACUUUAUGGUUAUACAGAUAGUGCUUUAGUUACAUGUAUUUUAACACUUGUGUAUUUAACAAAAUUUUUUUGGUGGGAAUCAGGUUAUAUGAAAACUAUUGAUAUAAUUGUUGAUCGUGGUGGAUUUUAUUUAUGUUGGGGUUGUCUUGUAUGGGUGUCUGGUAUUUAUACACUUCCAUCUUAUUUUCUUGUUAAACAUCCAAAUCAACUUGGAUUUACAUUAACAUCAAUUACACUUCUAUUAGGUAUUCUUUCAAUAUACGUUAAUUAUGAUUGUGAUAGACAAAAAAUAGAUGUUCGUUCAAAACAUGGAGAAUGUUUAAUAUGGGGUAAACCAGCUGAAAUAAUUCGUGCAAAAUAUCGUUUAUUAAAUGGUAAAGAAUGUGAAAGUAUUUUACUUGCAUCUGGUUAUUGGUCUUUAUCAAGACAUUUUCAUUAUAUACCUGAAUUAGCAUUAGCUUUUCUUUGGACAUGUCCAUGUGGUUUUAAAUAUAUUUUACCAUAUUUUUAUUUUAUUAUCUUAUUUGUUUUAUUAAUGCAUCGUGCACAUCGUGAUGAUCAAAAAUGUACAUUAAAAUAUGGUCAGACAUGGGUAAAAUAUUGUCAUUUAGUUCCAUGGAAAGUAUGGCCUCGAAUUUAUUAA